CACUGGGUAAUCAUAACUGUUUUGAAGGUUAAUCAAAAUAAAAAAAAUUUGAAAAUAUCGAAGAAUAUUAUAUCCAUACAUUAAGAAAUACUGCGUCCUAGUCCACUAGUCUUUUAUUUACAAUGGAUAGUUCUGAAUUUGUUGAAAUUCUGUCAGAAGUAACAGCAAAAACUCCUGAAAAAUGUGAAAUAAAUAAUCCAGUUUGUGGAAUAUGUGGAGCAAAUCAUUUUCCAAUGGAUUGUAAUGUAAUUCGUGUAGUCUCUCACAUUCCAGACAAACCUAUUCCUUCCAAAGCAAGGCUGACACUACCCGAUGAUUUAGAAAUAAGGACAAUGGCAGAUGAAACUCAAACAGUUGUAGCUUCGUAUUAUAUCGAAAAAGGAAUCCAAUUUGGCCCUGUACAGGCUAAAAAAUUGUGUACACUUUUACCUGCAAUUAAUUUUCCACUGAAAUUAUUUUGUAAUUCUGAAGAUGAGUUUUCCGAAUACUUCUUGGAUACCAGCAAUGAAAAUGAAUGCAGCUGGAUGAUGUUUAUAGCAGCUGCAAGUAGUAUUGAGGAACAAAAUUUGAUUUGUUAUCAGGAUGGAGAUGAUCUUUAUUAUGUGACUAUUAGGGAUAUUUUGGAAGGAGAACAAUUGAAAGUUUGGUAUUCUCCCUAUUAUGCUACCAAAAUGCAAAAAAGUCUUUUGAUGCCUACCAUACAGCAAGACGAAUCUAAUAUCACUGAUCUAGCAGUUGUUACUGAAGCAACAGAGAAUUUGGUUAGAAAUAAAAAGACUGUUACCAAAAGAGACACAUGGUGUUGCAAAUAUUGUGGAAGAGUAGAUAAAAGCCUUGCAGAAUUUGCGUUACAUUUAGUUGGCCAUUACCGUGCUAAAUCAGGAAGAUUUUGUCAAUUUUGUAAUACAACCUUCAGAACUGCAAAAGGAUGUCAGAAACAUAAAAAAAUUGUUCACAGUGAAGAUUCGUCGAAAAAAUCUGAGCCCGAAGCAGAUUUGUCACAAAAUAAUUCGCAGCUGAAAAUGUCCAAAGACAAUCCUUUGGAAGGACCCCUACUAUCAGACAAUAUUACAAUAGACAGUCUAGACAAUCCAAGUUUGCUAUUGCCUCAGAAUUAUCUGAUCGAGUUCUCAUUAGAGAAUAUUGAAAAUCAAAACCAUCUUUUGGGAAAUGAAAACCUUCAGUUAAACUCAGAAUCGAUUAUGAACAUGGAUCAAUUUGAUUUUGAACUCAAAGAACCGGAGAAUGACCAACUAAUGUGUGAUAUCUGUUUGAAAAGCUUUAAAAAAUUGAGACAGCUCCUUCUGCACAUGGCUCAGCAUACAGGAAGAUUCAGUUGCCACGACUGUAAUAAGAUGUUUGCUCGAAAAGAAAACUUUCAGUUUCACGUUUGCAAUUCAUAUUACAAGAUCAAGUGUACUCUUUGCGACAAACUUUUUUUCCAGAAAAAAUAUCUCACACAACACUUGAAACAAGCUCACACUUUCACCUGCAAGUGGUGCCAUAAUUCUCAUGAGUCUAAGGAACACUUGAAAAAUCAUGCCUGCAGUAAGAAACCGCAAAGCCCUGACAAGAAAAAAACAUUUCCCUGCACUAAAUGUUCCAAACAAUUCACCCUCAUGAAAAAUUUGAGAGUGCAUUUGAGAAAUCAUGAUUUACCAAAAGAGAGAUAUACUUGCCCGACUUGCGGGAUGGUUCUGAAUUCAAGAAAAUGUUACUUGAAACAUCUAAAACUACAUGAGGGAAACGUUCAUCAGUGUGAUCAAUGCCAAAAAGUUUUCACAAGAAAGGAUACUCUGAAGGAACAUCAAAAGAAAACUCAUUUUCGAGAAGAGGCAACAUGUGAAAUUUGUAAAAAAGUCGUGAAGUCAAAGAAACUGUUGAAGCAUCACAUGGAGACCCAUAAAGAGAAAGGAUUGAAAUGUCCAGAAUGUCCGGCGGCUUUCAAGCAAAACAAAAAUUUAAAAAGACAUAUAAAAUUGUGCCACGCAGUGAACAUUACCUUCGAGAGUUUCUUCACCGAAACAGAAAAACCGUAUUCUUGCCCAAAAUGUGAUAAGAAAAUGAAACACAGUCAUUCUGUGAAGAGGCACAUUGAAAGAUUCCAUCCCGAUUUUGAAUACAGUUACGAGAGCGUCAAACGCAAAAGAGUGAAAGACAAGAAAAUGAAUGAGUUGGAAAAUGUUGACAAGGAUCCGCUUCUGGAUUUGAAGGAGACCAUAGAAAAUAUGAAUUUCAGUUUCGAUGAUAUACCCUGUAUCAAUACCGAAAUGAAUAUGGAAAUUGACAAACUCCUCAAUAACCCUGAGAAUUUUUCUUCUGAUACCAAUGAUAUAUUGGUUGAUAGUUUGAUAAACAGCGUUGUGAAGGGAGCUGAUUACAGCAACAAGCCUCUUUCAUUUAAAGAGAAAGAGGUGUUCUUAUCUAUGCCGGAUCUAGAUUUGGAUGAUAAUAUGAGUUUAGAAAACAAACCAUUUCUAGUGGAGAAUUCAGAAAACAAAUCAAGCGAACUGGAUAGGGAACCUUUCUAACGUGCCAUAUUGAUAAUUAAAUAUUAAUUAGAUGUGUAAGUUUUAUGUCCGUCCAUGAAGCAUCGAAUUAGAAAUAUAAUUGAUGUGCCAUUAUUUUUAUACAAUAUAUUCCUGUUAUAUACUCUUUAAGUUGAUAUGUUGAUUACUGAUUGUAAGAUCCAAAUGUAAAGUAGACUCAUUUCACGUUGA